UUUGUCCUGCACAAGUUCUUCACAAACCAAAACCAUCAACUGAAUUCUUUUAGCCAUGAUGAUGGUUCCCAAAAUAUUUUCUUUCCUUCAGUUUUCCACUCUCUUAUAUCUCUUCAUAGUUACUUCUGCUUCCACUGAGGAAGAAACUGUUCUCCUCAAAUGGAAAGCAACUCUCCUAAACCAGAAUCAUUCCUUAUUGGCUUCUUGGACAUUAAGUACUGAUGCAUGCAGGAAUUGGUAUGGAGUUAAAUGCUUACAUGGUAGGGUAAACAUGUUGAAUAUUACAAAUGCUAGUGUCAUUGGCACACUCUAUGAUUUUCCAUUUUCAUCAAUCCCUUUUCUUGAAUUCGUUGAUCUUAGCAUGAACCAACUCUCUGGUACCAUCCCACCAGAAAUUGGAAAGCUCACUAAUCUUGUCUAUCUUGACUUGUCGGUGAACAAUCUUUUUAGUGGUUCAAUUCCAAUUACUCUAGGUGCCUUAACUGAACUCAAAAUAUUGUACCUUCAUCAUAACCAACUUUCUGGUCCCAUUCCUAGUGAAUUGGGGAGUUUGAAAAACCUCAGUGAUUUGGAAUUAUCCAAUAAUCAGCUUACUGGUUCAAUUCCAAUUACUCUAGGUGACUUAACUGAACUCAAAAUAUUGUACCUUCAUCAUAACCAACUUUCUGGUCCCAUUCCUAGUGAAUUGGGGAAUUUGAAAAACCUCAGUGAUUUGGAAUUAUCCAAUAAUCAGUUUACUGGUUCAGUUCCAAUUACUCUAGGUGACUUAACUGAACUCAAAAUAUUGUACCUUCAUCAUAACCAACUUUCUGGUCCCAUUCCUAGUGAAUUGCGGAGUUUGAAAAACCUCAGUGAUUUGGAAUUAUCCAAUAAUCAGCUUACUGGUUCAAUUUCAAUUACUCUAGGUGCCUUAACUGAACUCAAAAUAUUGUACCUUCAUCAUAACCAACUUUCUGGUCCCAUUCCUAGUGAAUUGGGGAGUUUGAAAAACCUCAGUGAUUUGGAAUUAUCCAAUAAUCAGCUUACUGGUUCAAUUCCAAUUACUCUAGGUGACUUAACUGAGCUCAAAAUUCUGCAACUUUUCUCUAACCAACUUUCUGGUCCCAUUCCUAGUGAGUUGGGGAAUUUGAAAAACCUUACUGAGCUGGAUUUAUCAGAUAAUCAACUUACUGGUUCAAUUCCAAUUACUCUAGGUGACUUAACUGAACUCAAAAUAUUGUACCUUCAUCAUAACCAACUUUCUGGUCCCAUUCGUAGUGAAUUGCGGAGUUUGAAAAACCUCAGUGAUUUGGAAUUAUCCAAUAAUCAGCUUACUGGUUCAAUUCCAAUUACUCUAGGUGCCUUAACUGAACUCAAAAUAUUGUACCUUCAUCAUAACCAACUUUCUGGUCCCAUUCCUAGUGAAUUGGGGAGUUUGAAAAACCUCAGUGAUUUGGAAUUAUCCAAUAAUCAGCUUACUGGUUCAAUUCCAAUUACUCUAGGUGACUUAACUGAGCUCAAAAUUCUGCAACUUUUCUCUAACCAACUUUCUGGUCCCAUUCCUAGUGAGUUGGGGAAUUUGAAAAACCUUACUGAGCUGGAUUUAUCAGAUAAUCAACUUACUGGUUCAAUUCCAAUUACUCUAGGCGACUUAAGUGAGCUAAAAAAUUUGUCCCUUUUUUCUAACCAACUUUCCAGUUCCAUUCCUAGUGAGUUGGGGAAUUUGAAAAACCUCAAUAAUCUGAAAUUAUCCUAUAAUCAGCUUAGUGGUUCAAUUCCAAUUACUCUAGGUGACUUAACUGAACUCAAAAUAUUGUACCUUCAUCAUAACCAACUUUCUGGUCCCAUUCCUAGUGAAUUGGGGAGUUUGAAAAACCUCAGUUAUUUGGAAUUAUCCAAUAAUCAGCUUACUGGUUCAAUUCCAAUUACUCUAGGUGACUUAACUGAGCUCAAAAUUCUGCAACUUUUCUCUAACCAACUUUCUAGUCCCAUUCCUAGUGAGUUGGGGAAUUUGAAAAACCUUACUGAGCUGGAUUUAUCAGAUAAUCAACUUACUGGUUCAAUUCCAAUUACUCUAGGUAACUUAACUGAACUCAAAAUAUUGAACCUUCGUCAUAACCAACUUUUUGGUCCCAUUCCUAGUGAAUUGGGUAAUUUGAAAAACCUUACCAAGUUGGAGUUAUCUGAAAAUCAACUUUCAGGCCAUUUGCCAGACCAGCUUUGCCAAGGUGGGAAACUUGAGAACUUCACGGUGGCUAGCAACAAGCUAACAGGUCCAAUACCAAGUAGCUUGAGGAAGUGUUCUAGUUUCAAAAGGGUUCACUUUAAUAACAACAGUUUCACUGGGAAUUUAUCUGAAAUUUUUGGCAUCUAUCCAGAGCUUCAGUUCAUUGAUUUGAGUGACAAUGAUUUUCAUGGUGAACUCGGCAACAAUUGGGGGAAAUGCAAGAAUUUGACUGAUUUGUGGGUAGCCAGAAAUAACAUUAGUGGUAGCACACCACCAACGAUUGGAAAUGUCAAAGGGCUUCUUGGACUUGAUCUUUCAUCGAAUCAUUUGAUUGGGCAGAUUCCUAAGGAACUUGGAGAUUUAACCUCUCUGGUUAAGUUUUUUGUGCACAACAACAACAUUUCUGGCAAUAUACUCGGGGAACUUGGGUCACUGACAAAACUAGAGUUCCUUGAUCUAUCAGGUAAUAGAUUGAAUGGGUCGAUCCCAAUUUUUUUAGGAGAUUACGUGCACUUGAUUCUGUUGAACCUGAGCAACAACAAAUUUGGGGAGAAAAUUCCAAUGGAGAUAGGGAGGAUAACUCAGCUUAAUGCACUUGAUUUGAGCCAUAAUCAUCUUAUUGGAGAAAUACCCCCUUAUCUAGCCAAUUUGAAGAGCUUGGUAAGCUUAAAUCUUUCCCACAAUGGCCUCUCUGGCCAUAUUCUUGAAGAACUUGAAAGUUUGACUGGUUUGCUAGAUGCCGCGUUGUCAUAUAAUGAGUUGGAAGGUCCAAUCCCUAAUAAUAAAGCUUUUAUCAAUGCCUCCUUGGAGGGCAAUAAAGGUCUUUGCGGCAAUGUAACAGGACUCCAUCCUUGCGAAAGGCCAUCUUCUGUGGUGAAGAAGCAGUCAGUAGCGAAGAGACAUAAACUCAUCCUCAUCACUGUACUUCCUAUUAUGGGAGCACUAGUACUACUCUGUGCUUUCAUUGGUGUUCUCUUUAUGUGUGAUAAAAGAAGGAAAGAUAGAGACCUUGAAAGACGUGAUGAUGGUUGGAUUUCGAUAUCCAUGUUAGAUGGAAAGACAUUGUACAGAGAUAUCUUAAACGCCACAGAGGAGUUUGAUGCUACAUUUUGCAUCGGGCAAGGAGGGCAUGGAAGCGUUUACAAGGUAAACCUUCCAUCAUUAGGGAAUAUAGCUGUGAAGAGACUUCAUUCUUCAUUUGAGAAUACACAUCCCAAAAGCUUUAUGAAUGAAGUAAGGGCAUUAAUUGGGAUUAAGCACCGGAACAUCGUGAACCUCUACGGCUAUUGUUCGAAUGCACAAAACUCGUUGUUGGUUUACGAGUAUGUGGAGAGGGGGAGUUUGUCUAGUAUUUUGAGCAAUGAAGUUGAGUCCAAGAAAUUGGAUUGGCUUAAAAGGGUGAAUAUCAUCAAAGGUGUUGCUUAUGCUUUAUCUUACUUGCACCAGGAUUGUUCACCAUCGAUUGUUCAUCGAGACAUAUCAAACAGUAACGUUUUGCUUGAUUCUGAGUAUGCAGCUCGUGUUUCAGAUUUUGGCAUAGCUAAGCUUCUCAAGCCAGACUCAUCCAAUUGCACUACACUUGCAGGCACGUAUGGUUAUGUUGCACCUGAGCUUGCAUAUACAAUGAAGGUUACACAAAUGUGUGAUGUCUAUAGCUUUGGAGUAUUAGUAUUGGAGAUAAUCAAAGGAAAGCAUCUUGGGGAAUACAUUACUGUGCUAGCAAAUUCGUCGACUAGAGAUCAUGUGCAGCUUAGCGAUUUGCUAGACGAACGCCUUCCGUAUCCUGAAGAUAGAGAAAAAGAGGUUUUGUUUUUUAUCAUCAAGCUAGCAAGUUCUUGUUUGCUUGAAACUCCAAAAUCAAGGCCAACAAUGCACUUCAUCUCUAAUAGGUUAUCAUCAAUGAAUCAACGUCCACCCACUCAUGUAAGGCGAGCUAUAUAAUCCUUGAUAUUUGAGGUGUCUUUGUAUGAAAAUGAAUAAUCUUUGAAACCAAGUAGUUGUGAAGUAAUUUAUUUUGAUGAUAGUAUGAUACGUUCCAUGCCAAAAUUAUUACUGGGACUAGUAUUAUCGUAUUGUCAGGGUGCUUAUCUAGUUUAUUGUAUUGAGUGUUUAAUGUAGAAGGUAAUUUUUCCUUGUGCCAAAAACUAAUGAAAACAAGCUUCAUGUUUGCUAA